GAGCCUUCCUCACUACCUCUUCACACAUUUCCAGACACAGCUCAAUAGAGAGUGAAAGAGUCCAGCAAUGUUCUUGCGCUCCGUUCUCCUGUGUGGCCUGCACGCCCUCGCCCUGGCAGGUCUGCUUACCGAGCCUUCAGCUGACUCCAAGGUGAAGCUUGAGCAGGGCUCCUGUCCGGCCUACUGGUUUGACUCUGGCACCGACUGCUACAAAUAUGUUCUUAGCCCAUUAACCUGGGCUCACGCUGAGAUCUACUGCCAAUCUUUGGGCGCACACCUGGUCUCUAUCCAUAGCUCCAACGAAAUGAAGUUCAUUACCGCGCUGAUAGAGAUCUUUGACCCAACCAAAGGAGGCCACUGGAUAGGAUUCAGUGAUGUGCAUGAAGAAGGCUACUGGAUGUGGAGCGACGGGUCCCCAAGAGACUUUGCUCGUUGGUACCCCGACCAGCCAGACGACGCUGAUGGAGCAGAACAUUGUGCCGACAUAGCAUUUUGGAAGCCGCUGGAACCUGCUUGGAAUGAUGCACCGUGCACAUUGGUUAAUCCUUAUGUGUGUAAACUUCGUAAAACCUGUCCAUAGGGUCUAUGACUGUUUAUUUGAAAAUAACAAUAAAAAUAUGACCAAUCAAAAAACGGUAUCUUUUCAUGUU